UGCAAUUUGUUUAUUAAAGCUCAAUUAAAUAUUAAUAAUCGUCAAACAUAUUACUAAAAUGCCUCGAACCUAAUUACCUGAAUUGCUUUACUUUCUGUAACCCUUUGAAUGUUGUUUGUCAUUCAUUUCAGCAAAUUCGCAAAUUGAUAGUAUAAGUACUGUACAUCCCUCCAUUAUAAGUCUCCAUUAGUUGAUGUUUACACCACCCUUCUUUGCUGCUCAUAUGUAGUAGAAAGCCCCAUAUCAACCAAGUCAGCUGUUUAUAUAAAGCCCAGGGGAACAUAUGGGGCUUCUUUAGUAACGCAUGUCUAUUACACUAUUACCAUAUUAAGUACGCAUUUCCUGCUUGACAUACAUUUGAUGUUUUAGAGUUUGUAGAGUUAACGAUAAACACAUCAAAAACGACUGACACAUAUCUAAAAAGGCAAUAUGAGAAGCUGUCAUUUGGAGUAAUAUCCUUCUCCAUUGAGUAGCAUGUAUUAUGAUGGACUAAGUUAUGUAAAUAUUUUACAUAAUCAUUUUUAUCUGUAUAUGGCUAUUGUUUGUCCCGUACUAUAACCGUAGAAACUCACCAACCUGUCUCCAUCAAAUUGUUAUCCUCAGGAAAUUAGCAAUGGCAUAGUUAUGAUUAGACUAGUACUUUUGCGUAACGAUGAUGUAUUUUGGCUUGUACUGUGUUCCUACACUAUCCAGCUUAUUUAUCCACUAUGUUAGUUUACACAUAGUAAUUAUUAUAAAGGAAUGUUAACAAAAAUCUUUGGUGCAUGCAUAAUCCCAAACCCAAAUUUUAACAACUUCCGUUAAUUGUCAAUGUAUUUGCCUUUGGAUAUAAUCGUCUCUGUCCCUGGGUGUGCUCCAUCCACCCCUACCCCAGGUGUGGUCCCAGGUCGCUGUGAUUCAGUGGAUAGUGUCUGUUGGUUGUGUGUGUGGUCCCAGGUCGCUGUGAUUCAGUGGAUAGUGUCUGUUGGUCGUGUGUUGUCCCAGGUCGCUGUGAUUCAAUGGAUAGUGUCUGUUGGUUGUGUGUGUGGUCCCAGGUCGCUGUGAUUCAGUGGAUAGUGUCUGUUGGUUGUGUGUGUGGUCCCAGGUUGCUGUGAUUCAAUGGAUAAUGUCUGUUGGUCGUGUGUUGUCCCAGGUCGCUGUGAUUCAAUGGAUAGUGUCUGUUGGUUGUGUGUGUGGUCCCAGGUUGCUGUGAUUCAAUGGAUAAUGUCUGUUGGUUGUGUGUUGUCCCAGGUUGCUGUGAUUCAAUGGAUAAUGUCUGUUGGUUGUGUGUUGUCCCAGGUCGCUGUGGAUUCCCAACUGGCUGCCGGCAUGGUGCCCCACCUCCGAGAGCCAGCUGAGGGCUGCCGAGGACCGGAUGCUGCGCUGUAUAGAAGGCCGGCUGUCCAAACAGUUUGUCGAUGUCGGCAACGGCAACCAGUUGUGGACGCUAGCCGUGGACGGUAGCGUCGCCGCAGACGCCCCCGCCGCCUGCCAUCACAAGACCCCCGUGGUGCUUCUCCACGGCUUUGGGGGCGGCGUGGGGCUCUGGGCCCUCAACCUGGACGCCCUGUCCCGGGGGGGGCGGAGCGUCUACGCCCUGGACCUGCUGGGCUUCGGCCAGAGCAGCCGGCCCUGCUUCCCCGCGGACGCAGAGGCGGCGGAGGCCCUGUUUGUGGACGCCAUAGAGCGCUGGAGGGCCCAGCUGGGCCUGGAGGCCAUGAUCCUGCUGGGGCACAACCUUGGGGGAUACCUGGCCGCGUCCUACGCCCUCAGACACCCCAGAAGGGUGAAGCACAUAGUGCUGGUGGAGCCCUGGGGUUUCCCAGAGCGCCCGGCCACGUCUGACCAGAACCGGCCCGUCCCGGUGUGGAUCAAGGCUCUGGGGGCCGUGCUCAGCCCCUUGAACCCCCUGGCGGGGCUGCGGAUGGUGGGACCCCUAGGUCUCACUCUAGUCCAGACCCUGCGGCCAGACUUCAAGAAGAAGUUUGCGUCCAUGUUUGUUGACAACACAGUCUCGGAGUACAUCUAUCACCUCAACGUCCAGGCACCAAGCGGGGAGACGGCCUUCAAGAGCAUGACGCUGCCGUACGGCUGGGCCAAGAGGCCCCUGCUGCGGCGGCUGGGCUCCCUGCCGCCCGACGCCCCCAUCACGCUGGUGUACGGCUCGCGCUCCAGCAUCGACGGCCACUCGGGCUGCGGCGUGCAGGAGAUGAGGCGCGGCUCGCACGUGGAAAUCAUAACGAUACGUGGGGCGGGCCACUAUGUGUACGCAGACCAGCCAGACGACUUCAACCAGAGAGUUCUGGAGGUGUGCCAUCAGGUGGACUGAAAUGCAAACACACACGCACAUGCACAGACUAAAAAUCAUAUACACACACACCAACACAGAGACUAAAACACACACACACAGAGACUACAACACACACACACACACACACACACACACACACACACACACACACACACACACACACACACACACACACACACACACACACACACACACAAGCACAGACUCAAACACACACAGAGACUACAACACACACACACACACACACACACAAUAACGGUUGCAGUGUGCAUCAGCGUUGGUUUUUCACCAUCUGCCGCCUUCAAGAGGAGACGUAGACGAGAAGGAGGUAUCUGUCCGCGUCGGGACGCCCUUUCUUCCUACAGGGAUCGCUGGGUUGGCCUUUGGACUAAUUCGUCACAUGGUACAUAUACUGUAUCUCAGGUUUUUGGGAUAUGGCUCCCAAAGAUUGGACGCUGACAGGGUUAAUGGUCUGGAUCUGAGACCAUUGAGAAGGUGAAACGGAAUACCAAAUACCGUGGUGAUGAUGAUGAUGAUGAUGAUGAUGAUGAUGAUGAUGAUGAUGAUGAUGAUGAUGAUGAUGAUGAUGACGAGUCACGGAGAUGCUAAGCACCAGAACCCCACACGGGAUAAAAAUAGGGAUCUUAAAAUGGGACAUGCAUACAAGUCAGUGAAGUUCAAAUUGGCAUCAUGUGACAUAAACAUGCAUAUGUACAUCAAGCACAUCCUAUGAUAAAGACAGCAACGAGGGCAAAAAUAUAAUAAUAUAUUUAUUAUAAUAGUUGCAGCAUUAGAAAUUAAAUUGGUAAUAUAUAGACAUAUAUUUCUCAUUUAUAGACAUAUAAAUGAGACAUAUAUUUCUAAUUUAUAUAUAGACAUAUAUUUCUCAUUUAUACAAACACUGCAAUCUCUGUAAUAUUGUUAGGCCAGUUAUAAUUUCAGCAUGUUCCAGGCAUUUCUUAUAAUUGUAUUCCCAGUGCAAUUCUGUACAGCAUCAUUAUAAUAUUAUGUUACACUAUUGCUUUAACGGCAGCCACAUCCGUGUUAAUGCAUAAUAUUACUUAGUACAUUAAGCACAGUGUGCAUUAAGUAAGCCAAUGUGCUUGUGUAAUGCACAUUAAGCAUUUCCUACGCAGUUGUGUGUGGUUUGUGCAAUGGUUUUAUAAUGCUGACCUUUUCAAUUUUGCUGGUGCCCAAAGUGUUUUUUUUUGGUUUGUUUUUUAAUUUCUUAAGAGAGAAAGAGAGAGAGAGGUUUGCAGUCUCUAAUUGAGUUUAGUUUAGCGAUGUAUUUAUUGGGAGAUUAUAUGACAUAGUGUGGUCCGUCGAAGGGUGUCAUGCAAAGACCUGUCUGAGGAUGAUUGCAAGUUAUUCACUCGGAUGGGCUGAAUGGGCUAUGUCUGGAGAGAGGACUUGCAAUGGAUUGAGAACACAAAAACACAAAAUGAGCAAUCCACCAAAUGGACCUUCUGUACGGACGCCAGGGACGGAGAUCAUCGCGGGCCAAACAGUUCAGACACUGUGGUGGUGGUAUCCUCAGAAGCAUGAUGGGCUGAUUUUUUUUAUACAUCAGAUAUACACUCUCGACUAAUCAAGCGAUCAGUCAGACCUUGCAAAAGUCAUCCCUAAGUGCCUUUUGUAAAGACGAGCUAGGUUGGCAUUCAAACAGCACUUAUCAGCAUCUGGCUUCCUAGCGAGGGAUACCAGUGGCUGGAGCUCUGACGGGAGCCUCGGUAAAGGGAGCGGCAGGAGGGUUCUGCUGUCGCACGACUGCGCUACUGGCAACGGACGGAUGCUGAUGGGGUUUAUUUUGGUUGCCCCGCCACCGGUCUGCUAUUCUCUGACAAUCUAUUGCCGAUGGUUGGAUUGAUGCGUCAUUAAAUCUCACAGAGAUGAUAUAGCUGGAGCUCUGUGUUUUCCACAGGCGCCGAUCCAAUAACUGACUGUAAAGGAACCGAUGCAGAGUGCGGCUAAUUGUGCUUUAUUCGAGUUUAAUUGAGCAACGUGUUUCCGUGAAUGUCUAUAAAUGUUUUGUGCUCUGAUAUAAAUCGAAUCAAAAAGCAAGUGUUCUAUAUAUGCUGGAGGAUAGAUCAAAAUGAAAUAGAGGUGUACCCGGUGAAGUAAAUGUUAGCAGUAAGCUAAUGAUUUGAGGGGGGGGGGGGGGGGGGGGGGGGGCUAGUGGCCUACUCUCACACGCUAAUUAGGAAAUGUGUUAUAAUUUUCAGUUGGUGACCUUGUUAAACGCUACAAGCCUAUCAAUAUUAAAUUAACAGUUUAUUUACAUUUGUUCUACAUAAACAUGGCAUUACACUGGGGGAAUACUUAUCGCCAUUUUUCAUAAUUUUCGUUGUUUAAAUUAAGUGUGGUUAUAUUCGUGCCUGAAAAGGUCCCCUAUUAAUUAUUCUGUGUGUGUAAAAAAAACCUUGUAAAUAAAAUGUUAUUUUCGUU